ACUCGGUGGCCAGGGCAGGGCCCCAAGCCCCCCAAGAGGAGACUGUGGAGACCACGAGCACACUGGGGCUACCCCGGCCCGCAGGGGCCGUGGGCACCAUGAAUGACGUGGCCAUCGUGAAGGAGGGCUGGCUGCACAAGCGAGGGGAGUACAUCAAGACCUGGCGGCCGCGCUACUUCCUCCUCAAGAAUGAUGGCACCUUCAUCGGCUACAAGGAACGGCCGCAGGAUGUGGACCAGCGCGAGUCCCCCCUCAACAACUUCUCCGUGGCACAAUGCCAGCUGAUGAAGACGGAGCGGCCCAGGCCCAACACCUUCAUCAUCCGCUGCCUGCAGUGGACCACCGUCAUCGAGCGCACGUUCCACGUGGAGACGCCCGAGGAGCGGGAGGAGUGGACAACUGCCAUCCAGACGGUAGCUGAUGGGCUCAAGAGGCAGGAGGAGGAGCUGAUGGAGUUCCAGUCGGGCUCGCCCAGCGACAACUCAGGGGCUGAGGAGAUGGAGGUGUCCCUGGCCAAGCCCAAGCACCGAGUGACCAUGAACGAGUUUGAAUACCUGAAGCUGCUGGGCAAGGGCACCUUUGGGAAGGUGAUCCUGGUGAAGGAGAAGGCCACAGGCCGCUACUAUGCCAUGAAGAUCCUCAAGAAGGAGGUCAUUGUGGCCAAGGAUGAGGUGGCACACACCCUUACUGAGAACCGUGUCCUGCAGAACUCCAGGCAUCCCUUCCUCACGGCCCUGAAGUACUCCUUCCAGACCCAUGACCGACUCUGCUUCGUCAUGGAGUAUGCCAAUGGGGGCGAGCUCUUCUUCCACCUGUCCCGGGAGCGCGUGUUCUCUGAGGACCGGGCCCGCUUCUACGGCGCGGAGAUCGUGUCGGCCCUGGACUACCUGCACUCCGAGAAGAACGUGGUGUACCGGGACCUCAAGCUGGAGAACCUCAUGCUGGACAAGGACGGGCACAUCAAGAUCACGGACUUCGGGCUCUGCAAGGAGGGCAUCAAGGACGGUGCCACCAUGAAGACCUUCUGUGGGACGCCUGAGUACCUGGCGCCCGAGGUGCUAGAGGACAACGACUAUGGCCGCGCUGUGGACUGGUGGGGGCUGGGCGUGGUCAUGUACGAGAUGAUGUGUGGCCGCCUGCCCUUCUACAACCAGGACCACGAGAAGCUGUUCGAGCUCAUCCUCAUGGAGGAGAUCCGCUUCCCACGCACGCUCGGCCCCGAGGCCAAGUCGCUGCUCUCGGGGCUGCUCAAGAAGGACCCCAAGCAGAGGCUCGGCGGGGGCUCCGAGGAUGCCAAGGAGAUCAUGCAGCAUCGCUUCUUCGCCAGCAUCGUGUGGCAGGAUGUGUAUGAGAAGAAGCUCAGCCCGCCCUUCAAGCCACAGGUCACCUCGGAGACCGACACCAGGUAUUUUGAUGAAGAGUUCACAGCCCAGAUGAUCACCAUCACUCCACCUGACCAAGACGACAGCAUGGGAUGUGUAGACAGCGCACGGAGGCCACACUUCCCGCAGUUCUCCUACUCUGCCAGUGGCACGGCCUGAGGGUCCCCCCGGCAGAGGGUUGCAGCGUACUGCAUGCCGGAUCUGGAGCCUCCAACAGAUGCCCUGCAUUGGACAGCUGAUUUCCCAGAUGCACUGGGAGGAGACACGCCGGCCUCCCGGGCAGGGGAGGACAUUCCUGCUGGGAUGGUGUCCUGCCACCUGGCCAGGUCAAGAGAAAAAUUGUCCUGCGGUUUCUCUUUAAUUUAUUUCAUCCAAUCUGUUCUCCAAACGUGGCCUCUGCCCUCAGAACAAUUACACUCAUGUAGGAAACGUUAAGGACCUCUGCAUCCCUUGCAGUGGGGUGGCGGGUCUGGGUAGGUCCUGCACCACCCUGUCUGGCCAUGCAUCUGACUGCCCCCACCUGGGGUCCAGGGACUCGUCCCACCUGCGGCACCAGGAGCAGCUUCACUGGGGCACACUGGCUGGCACCCUCCAGGUAGGGCACAAAGCAGCCCUUGCAGUAGGGCCAUGUCUCUGAGGACAUACUCAGAGCUACCCUCAGAUGGGCUGGGAUAGGCUGAGGUGGGCCAGGGCUCACCUGCAGGACAGAGCUGUGUACCUUGCCAUUCCCAGGCCUCGGGAGUGAAAUCUCAGCGACAGGAAAGCCCCUCCCCCACUGUGUCCGAGGAGCCCCCUUCCGGCCUCUUUACCCCGGAUGAUUCUCUGCACUCUGCUCUCGCAGCUUCACUUCUGAUCUCUUGCCUGGCCCUCCCUCUCCUGGCCAGACUUGGCCGCUGCUGCACCAUGCCAUUUUUUACAACAUUCAACUUUAGCAUUUUUACUAUUAUAAUAUGAAACUUUCCCUCCAAAUCUUCAAUAAAAAUUGCUUUUCAAGUU